GUGAAGCCGAACUCGGGGAAGCCUCACGCUGAUAGUGUUGCACCACCUGACUUGGGCUCAUCAUUGGUUGUGGCAACAGCUCAUCAUAUUCGUAUACCGGGCCGGUUCCUGGUGAGCAGCCGGUCUGGUAUCUGAUAAGGCCAUUCCGCUGCAAUAAGUCAUUCAAAGGGCGUGGUCUAAAGCCGAUUGUCAAACGGUCUGGUCUAGAUCUACCCCGCCAUAUUUAUAUUCUCCUUAAAGCGGCCAAUUCCCUGGGGAAGAAUUAUCUAGUCACUACUUGACUCAGAUCAAAUCAUAAGCCCAUUGAAGCCUCAUACAAAAAUCGUAUAUCGCCCUCCACAAUGGCAACAGUUAUCCUCGGAGGAGGAAUCAUUGGAACCUCAAUCGCCUAUUAUCUCUCCGAAAGUCAACCUGCAGAGAACAUUCAUGUUGUUGAUUCCUCUUCCAAGCUCUUUUGCUCCGCUUCUGGUUAUGCUGCUGGCUUCAUGGCCAGGGACUGGUUCGCCCCUUCGUUAGCACCAUUAGGCGACCUCUCCUUCAGACUGCACGAGACUCUUGCUGCUGAGAAUGGCGGUGCAGAGAAAUGGGGAUAUAUGAAAGGCAGUGCACUAAGCCUGGGUGUUGCGAAAAAGAAGGGCGGGAAACGUGGUGAUGAUUGGCUUCGCACGGGUACCAGUCGGGCGGAAACCGCAGCGGGAUCGGAGCAGAGCAUUUCGGAACCACCUUCGUGGUUGACAAGGCAGCAUGGGGCAGAGGUGGAGAAAAUUAGUGAAGAUGAUGAUACUGCACAGGUUGAUCCUUUGAGAUUGUGCAGCUUUCUUUUGGAUGCAUGUAUGGAGCGAGGCGUGAAGAUCCACAAUCCUGCGAAAGCCACAUCUCUUGCGCCGGGAGAAAAUGGCGCUGUCACGGGGGUCAAGAUUGAGAAUCUCGAAACGAAAGCUGAAACUAUAAUCGCUUGCUCGAACCUCAUAAUCUGCGCUGGACCGUGGACUCAGCGGGUUAUCCAAGAGUUAUUCCCUAUAGCUAAAGUUUCGCUCCCUAUCUACUCCCUGGCCGGCUACUCUCUUGUCCUACGCUCCCCACGUUAUACCGUGGAGCACGAGCAAACGACAUACAAGGGUCGCAGCCAAGCUCUAUUCACGACAUAUCCUCCAUCCUGCGGCUUCUGCCCGGAAUUGUUCUCGCGACAGGGAGCCGAGGUCUACAUCGCAGGCUUAAAUACAACGCAGAUUCCACUUCCGGAACGAGCAGAUGAUUACCACAAGUCGAUGGAGCAGAAGGAGAUGGACAGGCUUAAAGCAGUUUCUGUCCGUCUUCUCGGAAAGCUUGCGGAGGGCAGCUCUGAGGCCACAGACGAAAUCACGAACAUCGACGACUUGGAAGUCCUCCGUGAAGGGCUAUGUUUCCGACCUGCUUCGGAGCGUGGGACUCCAUUCGUUGGGAAGAUUGAAGAUGAUCUGUUGGGAGGAGUUAAAGCCGCCGGGGGUGUAUACGUUGCGGCGGGCCAUGGUCCUUGGGGCAUUUCGCUCAGUCUGGGCACCGGCAAGGUCAUUGCCGAGAUGGUGAGAGGCGUUACGCCCUCAGCAGAUGUAAGCGGGCUGGGUGUGUAGAUUAGACAGACAGGCCGAGCUACUGUGCUUGCCACAGUUAAUAAUAGCAUGUACUAGUUAC